AUGGCUCCUCCGGUCUGGACUCUGGUGCUGCUGCUGGGGGCUGCCUGGGGCCAGGGCCACAUGCCUGCCCCCACCCGGAAAGAGAAGCCUCCAGACUGGAAGCCCCUCGCUCGCAACUCACGGGAAAACUCCAUUCUCACCCACUGUGAUUUUGAGGAUGACUCCAGACCCCUCUGUGAUUGGAGCCAAGUGACUAAAGACGAUGGAGACUGGACUCGAGAAAGCCAGCCCUCCCCCGCCAGCGGCACUGGGCCCCCCGGGGGGUACCCCAGUGGAGAGGGCUACUACCUGCACAUGGACUCCAGCGCCUUCCACCCGGGCGGGGUGGCCCGCCUGCAAAGCCCCCCGAUAUGGGAGCAGGGCCCCCUCUGCGUGCGCUUCGCCUACUACAUGUUUGGGCUGUCGUGGGGCGCCCAACUCAAGCUGUGGCUGGCCUCAGACGCCAAGGGCAAGCACCCCAACCUGCUGUGGAAACACGUGAACACGCAAAGCCCCUCCUGGAUCCCCACCGCCGUCACAGUGCCUCUGGGCCUUGUCCUGCCCAGCUGGCUGAUAUUUGAAGGCACGUGGGGCAGCACGACUUAUCUGGACAUCGCUCUGGACGCUAUCUCUAUCCGUCGGGGCUCCUGCAAUCGCGUCUGCAUGAUGCAGACGUGCAACUUUGACACUCUGAAAGAUCUCUGUGGCUGGAGCUGGAUCUCGACGCCCUCUGGGGCCAAGUGGGUCCAGAAGAAGGGGCCGACGGGGGUGCAGGACGUGGGACCCGAGGGAGACUACUCUAGCCCUGGGGAUGGCUAUUACAUGCUUCUGGACCCCAAGAAUGCAAAAGCGAGUCAGAAAUCUGUCCUCCUGAGCCCCCUGAUCCAGUCCUCCGGCUGCCUGAGUCUGUCCUUUCACUACGUCCUCCGUGGCCGGUCUCCCGGUGCAGGCUUCAUGGCCUACGCAUCUGUCUUAGGCAGCAUCCGGAAACACACCAUCUUCUCAGGACAACCUGGACCCAACUGGCAGCCUGUCUCUGUCAAUUACACAGGCCAGGGACAGAUUCAGUUCACCUUGGUGGGCGUGUUUGCAAAGAUCCCAGAGCCAGCAGUGGCCGUGGAUGCAAUCAGCGUUGCUCCCUGUGGGGAGAGCUUUCCUCAGUGUGACUUUGAAGACAAGGACCACCCCUUCUGUGACUGGGUCCAGGUAUUACAGGAUGGCGGACACUGGACCCAGGGAAGCGCAAAUACGCUCAUCCACGGUAUAGGUCCCUUCGGAAUCUCCCUCAGUGGAGAAAGUCACUUCGUCUACCUUGAGGCUGACAAGUUCUCCCAGGAAGGCCAGUCUUACAAACUGGUGAGCCGGCCCUUCUGUGCCCCGGGUGCCAUCUGUGUGGCGUUCACCUACCACAUGGAUGGCCGCGGAAAGGGCACGAAGCUCAGGCUUCAGCUGGGGAGCCCUGCAGGCAGCCCCCCAAGUUCUCUCUGGGAACGAGUUGGGUCUCAGGGCCCUGACUGGCUGAACGAGUCCACGACCAUCCCUUCGGGACAUCAACAGCCUAUGCAGCUGAUGUUUGAGGUCGAGAGGGGCUCCCGUGCUGCCUUCGUCGUUGCUUUGGGUUUCAUCUUCAUCAGUCAGGGGAGCUGUCGAGGACCUGCAUCUACAGCGCUCCCUCCCAAACCUCUAGGUCCCCCUACUGGCCCUUCUGAAACCCCUGCCCACACAGAAAAACCUGUGACCCCUGAAGAAACAUCCACCACCUCCAGUGAAAUAUCCCAUGUCCCCACGGAAAAACCUGUGGCCGCCACAGAAAAACCAACUGUCCCCAGUGAAGCACCUACUGUCCCCACAGAAAAGCCUAUGGUUCCCGCAGAAAAGCCCACUGUUCCUACAGAAAGACCUACAGUUCCCACAGAAAAGCCCACCAUCCUCCCUGAAGAACCCACCUUCCUUCCCGAAUGGCCCUUUGUCCCUCCUGAAGGGCCCACCAUUCCCACAGAAAAGCCCACUGUCCCCACAGAAAAGACCACCACUCCCACUAAGAGGACCACCAUUCCCACAGAAAAACCCACCAUCCUCACUGAAGAACCCACCUUCCUACCUGAAUGGCCCUUUUCCCCUAGUGAAUGGCCCCCUGUCCCUACAGAAAAACCCACAAUCCCCACUGAAAAGACCACCAUCUCCACUGAAAAAAUAACCAUCCCCAGAGAAAAAACCAUGGUCCCCACAGAAAAGACCACCAUUCCCACAGAAAAAACAACCAUUUCCACAGAAAAAGUCACUGUCCCCAUGGAAAAGACCACCAUUCCCACAGAAAAAACAACCAUCUCCACAGAAAAAACCACUGUCUCCACUGAAAAGACCACCAUUCCCACAGAGAAAACCACUGUCCCCACCAAAAAGACCACCAUUCCCACCAAAAAGACCACCAUUCCCACAGAAAAAACAACCAUCUCUAUAGAAAAAACCACUAUCCCCACUGAAAAGACCACCAUUCCCACUAAAAAGACCACCACUCCCACUGAAAAAACAACCAUCUCCACAGAAAAAACCACUGUCCCCAAUGAAAAGACCACCAUUCCCACAGAAAAAACCACUGUCCCCACCCAAAAGGCCACCAUUCCCACCAAAAAGACCACCAUUCCCACAGAGAAAACCACUGUCCCCACUGAAAAGACCACCAUUCCCACAGAAAAAACCACUGUCCCCACCCAAAAGGCCACCAUUCCCACCAAAAAGACCACCAUUCCCUCAGAAAAAACCACUGUCCCCACCAAAAAGACCACCAUUCCCACCAAAAAGACCAUCAUUCCCACAGGAAAGCCCACUGUCCCCACCCAAAAGGCCACCAUUCCCACUAAAAAGACCACCAUUCCCACAGAAAAAACCACUGUCCCCACCAAAAAGACCACCAUUCCCACCAAAAAGUCCACCAUUCCCACAGGAAAGCCCACUGUCCCCACUGAAAGUCCCACAACUCCCAUGACACCCCAGCCCAGCCCAGCUCUUGUACCCACUCAGCCGACAGCCUUCACGAUGCCAAGUACCUCCAUGACCCCUGUGACCCCGGCCACCACUACAACCCCGAGACCUACUCCUGCCAUGUGCCCCCCGAAUGCCCACUACGAACGCUGUGCCUGCCCAGCGUCCUGCCAGAGCCCCAAGCCCACCUGUGGUCUCUUUUGCAAGCCUGGCUGUGUCUGCAAUUCAGGCUUUCUGUUCAACGACUCCCGCUGCAUCAAUGCCUCUUCCUGCAAUUGCUUCUACAAUGAAAAUUACUACAAGUCAGGGACGGAGUGGUUCAGCCCCAACUGCACAGAACACUGCCGCUGCCAGCCUGGCAGUCAGAUAGAGUGCCAGCCCUACAAGUGCGGGACACACACCGUGUGUCAACUGAAGCAUGGCCAGUAUGGAUGCCACCCCUACGGCACUGCCACCUGCUUCGUCUAUGGAGACCCUCAUUACUUCACCUUCGACGGGAGGUACUUUAACUUCAUGGGCAAGUGCACCUACGUCUUGGCCCAACCCUGUGGCAACUCGACAGAGCCCUUCUUCAGGGUGACAGUGAAGAACGAGGAGCGAGGACAGGAGGGCGCGUCUUGCCUGAGCAGGGUCUCCGUGACCCUGUCGGAAACCACCAUCACCCUGCUCAAGGGCAGACACACGCUGGUUGGGGGUCAGCGAGUCACCCUCCCGGCCAUACCUUCUGAAGGUGUCUUCUUGACUCCAAGCGGGCGGUUUGUGCAGCUGCAGACGGCGUUCGGUCUGCGGGUGAGAUGGGACGGUGACCAGCAGCUGUAUGUGCGUGUGCCCAGCACCUACUCCAGCAAACUCUGCGGUUUCUGUGGCAACUAUGAUGGCGACAGUAGCAACGACAACCAGAAGCCGGAUGGCAGACCAGCACAAGAUGAGAAGGAGCUGGGUAACAGCUGGCAGACCUCGGAGGAUGAGGACCAGGCGUGCCAGGAGAGCCAGGCGUCUCUCCCAUCUUGCAACACUGACCUGAAGAACACCCUGUCGGGGCCGGAGUACUGCGGACGGCUCGCGGUCGAUUACGGAGCCUUUCAGGCCUGCCGGCCUCACCUCAAGGUCUCUUCCUUCUACGACAACUGCAUGCUUGACAUGUGCAACUUCCAGGGGCUGCAGCAGAUACUGUGUGCCCACAUGUCGGCCUUGACGGAGACCUGCCAGGAGGCCGGCUAUGCGGUGAAGCCCUGGAGGGGACCCCAGUUCUGCCCGCUGGCCUGCCCACCCAACAGCAGAUACACCCUGUGUGCCAAGCUGUGCCCUGAUACCUGCCAUUCCACGUUCUCGGGCAUGGCCUGCCAGAACCGCUGCGUGGAGGGCUGCGAGUGCAACCAGGGCUUCGUCCUCAGCGGGCUCCAGUGCGUCCCCCAGUCCGAGUGUGGCUGCCUCGACCCCACGGCUGGCUACUUCCAGAUAGGGGAGCGGUGGUUCAAGCCAGGCUGCAGACGGCUCUGCAUCUGUGAGGGCACCAACAGAACUCGCUGUGUGCCCUGGCAGUGCCAGGCCCAGGAGAUGUGUGGUCGGCAGGAUGGCACCUAUGGCUGCCACCCUCAAGGGUCGGCCACCUGCACUGUCUGGGGGGACCCCCACUACCUGACAUUCGAUGGAGCCCUGCACCACUUCAUGGGCACCUGCACCUACAUCCUCACCCGGCCUUGCUUGUUGAAGUCCCUGGAGAAUUACUUCUUUGUGAGCGCCACCAACGAGUUCCGCGGUGGAAACUUGGAGGCCUCCUACGUCAAAGCUGUCCAAGUGCAGGCCUUCGGCAUCAGAGUCUGGAUGCUCAAAGGCCGCAAGGUCAUGCUGGACGGUCGCCAGGUGGCUCUGCCCCUGUGGUUUGCACGCGGCCGGAUGACCGUGAGGUCCAGUGGCUCCUUUAUCCUCCUCUACACGGACUUCGGGCUUCAAGUUCGCUACGACGGGUACCACCUGGUGGAAGUGACCGCUCCCUCCUCCUAUGCUGGCCGGCUCUGUGGGAUGUGUGGGAACUACAACAACAACAGCCUGGACGAUAAUCUGCAGCCUGAUAAGAGACCUGCUGUCAACUCCGUGCGCCUGGGGGCCUCCUGGAAGCUAAAUGAGUUAUCUGAAUCUGGCUGCUUUGCUGCAGACGCCAGGCCCCCCAGGUGCCUGGAAAAGAAUGCAACUGACCCCUGGAGUAAGAACUGUGAUAUCUUAGUGAAUCCUCAGGGACCCUUCUCCAAGUGCCACAGGGUGGUGGCCCCGCAGGCCAGCUUUGCCAGUUGUAUGUACGGCCAGUGUGGGACCACGGGUGACGCCUUCACCCUGUGCCGCUCCCUGCAGGCCUACGCGUCCCUGUGCGCCCGCGCCGGCCAGGUCCUCACCUGGCGGAACAGCACCUUCUGCCCUCUGAAGUGCCCGUCAGGCAGCAGAUACAGCCCCUGCGCUGACCCCUGCCCAGCCACCUGUCUCAGCCUGAGCACCCCAUCGUACUGCCCUUCCUCGCUGCCCUGCGCCGAGGGCUGCGAGUGUCAGAGAGGCCACAUCCUGAGCGGGACCACCUGUGUGCCCCUCGGCGAGUGUGGCUGCACCAGCCCCGGGGGCGCCUACCACCCGGUCGGGGAGAGAUGGUACACGGACAACACGUGUUCCCGGCUCUGCACCUGCUCCAUCCACAACAACGUCUCCUGCCUCCAAACCGCCUGCAAGCCUGGCCAGAUGUGCUGGCCCCACGAUGGGCUGAUGCGGUGCCGGGGGGCAGGGAUGGGAGUGUGCCGAAUCCAGGACAGGUCCCAGUACAUAAGCUUCGAUGGCAGUUACCAUGCUGUCCGGGGCGCCUGCACUUACGUCUUGGCGAAAACAUGCCACUCCACCAUGGACCUGCCUUUCUUCAAGAUCAGUGGCAAGAAUGGGAAGCAGCAAGACCAACCCCACACUUUCUACCUCCGCACGGUCUAUGUGCACGUCUUUAAUUCCCUGGUCACCCUGAAGAAGGACCACGCACUGAUCAAUGGCACAUGGGUCCCCCUGCCCGCGACCUCCCAGAUCCGGGGGGUCAAAGUCAUUUCCAGGGAUGGCUACAUGGUGCUCACCAUCAGCAUUGGGGUGGAAGUCAAGUUUGAUGGCAAUGGUUUCCUAGAGAUCGAAAUCCCCAAAGCCUAUUAUGGAAAGACCUGUGGCAUGUGUGGGAACUUCAACGGUGAGGAAGAGGAUGAACUACUGAUGCCUAAUGACGAGCUAGCCCCGGAUGACGUCACGUAUGUGGACAGUUGGCAAGAUAAGGAGAUCGACCCAAAUUGCCGAGAUGAUGACAAGAUCGAAGAAGAAUCGGAGGAGGAGCCAGAAACAGCCUGCCAGCCAGCUGACCUGGAGAGAGCCCAGGAGCAAUGCCGGGCAGUCUUUCAGACCCCGGGCUGGGCAAGGUGUGCAAGCCGCGUGAUCCUCAGUCCCUUCUUGGUCAAAUGCACCAACAGCCUCUGUGAGUUUGGAGGCCUGAGCAGCGCCCUCUGCCAGUCUCUGCAAGCCUUUGCGGCCGCCUGCCAAGCCCGGGGCAUCAGGCCUCCCAUCUGGAGAAACAGCAGCUUCUGCCCUCUGGACUGCCCCACCCACUACGUCUACACCAACUGCUUUCCCCACUGCCCCCCGACCUGUGACAACCCGGAAGGCCAGUGCAAGGGCUCCAGCGGUCCCUCCAUCUGCCAGGAGGGCUGCGUCUGUGAGCCCGGCUACGUGCAAAAGCAGCGGCGGUGUGUGCCCAGGAGUCAGUGUGGCUGCCGGGACGCCCGGGGCAGAGACCUCCCCGAGGGUAAUGCCUGGUUCUCCAGCAGCUGCUCCCAGAGGUGUGCCUGCAGGGCGGGGGCCAUUCAGUGCCGGCCCUCUGCCUGCCCCACGGGCUCCCAGUGCAAGACCGACGAGGACGGCAAAGAAAUCUGCAAACCCUACAAGUCGGAGCGAUGCACAGUUUAUGGGGACCCCACUUACCGCACAUUUGAUGGCCUCGGCUACCGUUUCCAGGGCCGCAUGACCUACUAUCUGGUCAAGACCGUGGACGUGCUCCCCAAUGGGGUGGAGCCCUUCAUCGUGGAGGGACGCAACAAGAUGUAUGCAUCUCACAACCCUGUUUUCCUGCACGAAAUCAUCGUGAUGGUCUACGGCUACACGGUCCAGCUCCAGCACGAACUGGAGCUUGUCGUCAAUGGUCAGAAGGUGACCGCCCCCUAUGAGCCCGUCGACCAGCUGCGGGUCUCCCUACGAAGUGAUCGCCUGUUCGUGAUCACAGACUUUGAACUGGUGGUCAGCUUCAACGGAAAGAACAACGCAGUGAUCUCCCUGCCUGUCACUUACCGGAAGCUCGUGCUUGGCCUGUGCGGCAACUGCGACCAGAACAAGAGGAAUGACUUUAUACUGCCCAAUGGGGCUGUUACCCAGAACCUCCUUGCUUUUGGCAACAGUUGGGAGGUAAAGAUGACCGAGGGAAGCUUCCCCCGCGUCUCAAGGGCCGUACAUGAGGAGGAGGUGAAAGAAGAAGCGGCGCUAGGCUUUCGUGGUGUGUCGGGAUGCCACCCGGAGGAGUUGCAGCUCAUCAACCGCACCCAGGCGUGUGGGGUGCUGGUGGACCCCGAGGGCCCCUUUGCUGCCUGUCACCAGACUGUGGCCCCCGAGCCCUUCCUGGAGCACUGUGUGUCUGACCUGUGUGCGGCCCGCGACCCCAAGGAGCAGGAGGAGCUGCGUUGCCAGGUCCUCAGCGGGUACGCCAUCAUCUGCCAGGAGGCGGGCGCCACCCCGGCCAGCUGGCGGGACCACACCCACUGCGCCUUGUCAUGUCCAGCCAAUACGGUCUACCAGAGCUGUAUGACCCCCUGCCCGGCCUCCUGUGCCAUGCUGGAAGCCCCCCGGGGCUGCACGGGCCCCUGUGUGGAGGGCUGUGCCAGCCUCCCGGGCUACGUCUACAGUGGAGCCCAGAGCCUCCCCCUGGCCCGCUGCGGUUGCACCGACAACGGCAUCUACUACCAGCAGGGUGACCGUGUUGUCAGCGACGACUGCUCUCAGCGCUGCACCUGCGCCCGCCCGGGGCUCCUGCUAUGUGAGCCCCUCGGCUGCCGCCCCGGGGAGGUCUGCGCCUUGGGGAACCUCACUCGUGGCUGCUUCCGAGACAGCCCGUGCCUACAGAACCCCUGUCAAAAUGACGGGCGGUGCCGGGAGCAGGGAACCCACUUCACCUGUGAGUGUGAACCUGGUUACGGGGGAGACCGCUGCACGGAGCCUCGGGAUGUACCUCCCCCCGAAGAGCCAGAAGCAUCCAACUUUGCCUCCAUCCUGUUGCCAUGGCUGGUGCCCAUGGUGGUCAUAGUGCCCGCGGCAGUGACCAGAGAGUGCAUUUCCAGGAAGAAAAGGAGGAGGGAGAAAAUGCAGAGCCAGACCAGAGACAAGCCACCAGGUACGGAUUUUAGUCCAGAGCACGCCCUCAGAGUCGCUCAGUUCUGA